ACAUUAGUAAUGGGACAAUAUGUAACUAAGAAUAAACUAGACUUUCUAGUGAUAUAUCAAAAAUCACCAGUUAUAAUUAAACUAGGCUUGCACGGAAAUUCUGUACAGUGAACAUCCUCCUUAAACACGUAAAUAAACAAUAACACGUAUCUUUCAAAAUACUAAAAAACAAUUAUUCAACAAUAACAAGUAAACAACAAUGUCAACUAAUGUCAACAAUGAGUGUGAUUAAUUAAAAUUAUCCAAAAACAUUCUGAUAAAAAUAUAUAUAAAAACUAUUUGUUUUUACAAAUAAGUUAAAAAUGAGAUGAAUUGUAUGAACACAAGAUUCAUUCUAGUAUGUCAAUAGAUCAUUUAUUUCGAUCAUAUAUGAUUUUAAUCUGUAGAAAUAAUAAAAAUAAAAAAUGGAGGUUAUGACUUACGUUUAGCUGACAAUAAACAAUAGAAAUAAAUAUCUAAAUAAAUUUAAAUAAAUAAUAGUAAGAUAUUAAAAAAUCAAUAUGAAUAAAUCAACUUUGUUAUGUACAAUUAAAUCAUUGAGAUUAUUUUCAUCAUCAGUCAAUGCUCAAUCGAAAAAUCCUGGAAAAUAUUGCUUGGAUCUAGUUAGGCACAAUGAUUACGAAAAUUAUUUAUGUACAUUAUUAUUACCAAAGAAUUUGAUACCAGCAGCUAUCGCGAUUCGUGCUUUUAAUGUUGAAAUUGCACUUGUCCAGGAUCAAAGCCAACAAGAGACAAUAAAAGAAAUGAGAUAUCAUUUUUGGAAUGAUACUUUAGCCAAAAUUUAUUCCGACAAUCCACCAGAAGCUCCAGUGCCAUUAGAACUUCAUCGGAUUUUAAAAACUCAAAAUUUAUCUAAAAGAUAUUUUCAGCGGUUACUCGAUGCUAGAUGGAAAAAAUGGAAGUCAGGAAUGUUUUUAAAUCUUUCUGAUGUAGAAAAAUAUUCAGAAGAAACAGUUUCACCUUUGUAUUAUUUAAUACUUGAGGCUAAAAAUUUAAAAGAUGUUCAUGUUGAUCAUGUAGCAAGUCAUCUGGGAAAAGCACAAGGAAUUGUAACUUUAAUUAGAUCAAUUCCUUAUCAUGCCCAGAAAAGAGUUCUUGUGUUGCCACAAGACAUACUGAUGGAAAAUUCAGUGUCAACAGAAUCAGUUUUUCGUGGUGAAGCUAGUAAAAAUCUGAGUGAUGUAAUUUUUGAAGUAUCAUCUAGAGCAAAGCAGCAUCUUGACAAGGCAAAAUCAUUGAGAGGAAAAAUAAAUAAAGAUGUAUCAACAAUUUUUUUGCCUGCAUCAAACGUAGAAAGAUAUCUCGAUAAAUUACAAAAAGUUGACUUCAAUAUUUAUUCACCAGAGUUAGCGAAAAAAGAAAAUAUGUUACCUGCUAAACUUCUCAUUGACAAAUUAUUUAAAAAAUGGUAAAUUUAUUUUGUAAAUGAUGUAACAAAAAGCUGUAGAUAAAUAUUUAGAUUAAUUUGUACAAUUUCGAUUUUAAAUUACAAUUCUUUUCGAUUUUGACAUCUUUUGGCAUGAAAAAAAAUCAUUUAUGCUGUUAAAAAAAAGAAAACAAGGUCAUACAUUUUCAAUGUAAAUUAUCAAUAAUAAUGUUUUGGAUACUAACAUCAAUUUGCGUCAAUUUAAUUUUAUUAUUUAAAAUUUACCAAUUGAAUAUACACAACACGUGUUCUAUUUACACCACAUGGCUACCCACAACCGAAUCAUUUGAUUCAUGAAUUUUUGUUGAGGUUAGUCUGUUGCAUUGUUAUUAUAAUAAUUAAUAAAGUUUUAUGCAUAU